UAUUAUCAAUCCACAGUUGAAAAACUUGGCCAAUGUCCACGUCGGACUGGGGUUGGAAUCUGUGUAAGCUUGUGUACAGGCGAUUCAAGUUGUCCAGGGGACCAGAAAUGUUGUAGUAAUGGGUGUGGUCAUAGAUGUAUGUCGCCGAUAAGCGGAGGAAGAUCGUGCUUCUAUAAAGGUGAAAUGCGAAUGGACGGUGAAACAUUUAAAGAUAGGUGCAAUGAAUGCACGUGUAAUGAUGGUCAUGUUUCCUGUACGGAGAAGGCUUGUGGUUCAAAACCUGGCAGAUGCCCCCGUCCCAGUGGAAUAGGAAUAUGUGUAGAACUGUGUACUGACGACUCCAUUUGCCAUAGGAGACGGAAAUGCUGUAGUAAUGGUUGUGGUCAUACAUGUGCUCUCCCUGCAGGCGGAGGAUAGUACAGUUUAAUAUGG